GAUAUCUACUUCGACAACAUGACGUCCUUUUCCCUUUUUCACCAGCCUUCAUUCAGCACGAAACUACACAGCAUCAGCAACGUCUUGCACCUCAAAGCCCUCUUUGCAUCCAUGUUCGCAUUUUCUGCUCUAUUUGGGAAUUCUUCCUCCUCCCACAAUCAACGCCAGUCGUCGCCUGCCGUAUCGUGCCAUGUUGAGGAAUAUGAGAGGUUUCUCAAGCUCGCCACGAAUGCCAUCGACGAAUCAUUGGAAGAAUGCGAGGAUGACACGCCACCGUUGGUUUUAUUGCAGGCCAUGGUCUUGACCACCUAUCACCAACUCAUUCGCGGUGUCAGGGGCCGGGCGUGGCGGUUGCUGGGGCAGUGUGUUCGGAUUGCAUAUGAGCAAAGGCUGCAUCUGAUUGACUACGAGGCACAUAGUAAUGCUCCAGCUCAGGUUGAUGUCCUUCGGUGGUCGGUGAAUGAAGAGAAGAGGAGGUGCUGGUGGGCUCUCUGGGAGAUGGACGUCUUUGCCUCCACCAUCCGGAGAUCGCCCAUGGCCAUUGACUGGUCGAUGAACCAAACAUAUCUCCCCGUCGACGAUGCGCUGUGGUUCUCCAAUCAGUAUCAGGCCAGUUGCUUCCUGGAAAAGGAUGCCAUGGACCGCUGGAGGAGGCUAAAGGAAUCUCGGAACGAGAGUCCAGUGGCAUGGUCCAUUGUCCUCCAGUCACUGAUGCGCGAAGCACAGGUCCUUGUGCGUGGGAACGUAUCGGGCAUCCUAUCUGACACGGGUCAUGAUGAUCACCACUCCUCGGAGGACGAAAAGCAACAAACCAUUCUCGAGAGCCUCCGGUGCACGAUAUCGGCUCUCCCGGAGCAUCUGGCCUAUCGCGGCGAGUGUCUCGAUUUCGCGACCAACGGCCGAGCCUUUUCGUCGGCAACCUCUGCAGGCUCCACGAGUAAGCAUGUGCGACAGCUACACGCAGCCAAAUACAGCAUCUUCCUGACAAUCCAACUCGCGCGCUUCAUGGUAUACCACCACUUCAGCUUCGAUGAGGUCCUCAGCGGCACAAUCCUUGCCGACACGCCUCGAGGUCUCGGACUCGGCUGGACGGCUGCUGCAAGUCUUGACUCGCCCGACUGCAAGGGGUUGAGCAACUGUGUCGAGGUUGCCGACGAUGUCUUGGCAAUUGUCAAAAACAGCGUCCACUGUCACGUCCAGUGGGUAAAUCCAUUCCUUGCCAGCAUAGUCUGGAUAGCGACAGCUAUGCAGAUUCUUCGCAAGGUCUUUGAACCCGGUACCGACGUGAACUUGACCGAGUCCAAGUGCGAGGUCUUGCGUCUUACUUGCGAGAAGUACUCGCAGUUUUGGGGCACACCGAUAGCCCUGAUGGACAACUUGGAUGCUCUAGAAGGCCAUCUC